UUUUUAGCUUUCUUUUUUUUUUUUUUUUUUCCAGCUGUGUUGUAUAUAUGAUAUCAAACGCCUCUUUCGCAACGAUGCACUCUUUUUUUUUUUCCUCUCGUUCUUUUAACUUGUCGUUUUUUCCUCAGUCGUCCUCUUUUUUACUUUUAGAACGGUUUCUAUCAACAUGGGGUUACUAAAGUUACAGCGCCUUUAUAAAAAAAAAAAGUCAACAAAGGACGGUGGUGAUAGUCCACGCACGGCUAUCCAAAAACAAGCAGACGAAAAGCACAGCAGUCAUAGUAAAACAUACAUCGAACUCAAACGGUUCUCUCUCGGUUUGAAUUUGGAUGGGAUCAUGAAAAAUAGUUUUGCACAAGACACAAAGAAACCCGCUGCGACAACGACGGCAGCCACGCAGUCUCAGCAGAGUAGCCCUUCUCCUCACGCCCAGGAGGAUGCGGGUAGUGCUGAUAGUCUUGGGAAAAAUCAGCAUGAACCUCAUUUUUUAGAGAAGAGUAGUCAGGAUGUAUCAUUGGCCAAUGAGACACUUUUAGAAGCACGCCCGUCAGAAAAGAUAGGCCAACAACAUGGUCCUACCGCUACAGCGAAAUCGACACGAGACAUCACUACUCUUCCUACAGCAACAGAAAAAGACAAUGCUGCGUGCUUGGAGGAGAGUAUGGACAGCAGUUAUCCGCGUUCCUUGGCUGCUCUAGACAACAAGAGGGACAGCUUUUCCACAAGUAUGUUUGACCAUUGGCUACAGCCUUCUACAGCUACUGCUGCUUCUCAACGAGCAUCAGGAGAGCAAGACGUAACAAAGGUAAAACGAAUGAUGCGAACGACAACGACUGUACUUGAUUCAGAUAUAUCCUCGUCGUCGUCGUCUUCAGAUGAGGAUGAUGAGGAUGAUGAAAAAGAAGAUAAAGUAGGAAAGAUCCAACAGCCUACUUUGUCAGACGAGACAUUCAGCCAGAUCAGCCAUGAGAGGCAUGGCCAAGCUUCUCUUUCACAGAUACCCAAAGGAGUGCGCCCCAUUAUGGAAAGAAGAGACGCCACCAAACACCAUCGUCUUUUUAUUCAAAGAAAAGUCGAUAGCUGGGCAAAUAAAAUCGAUGCUGAAAGCCAGCGUAUCGAAGCGAACGAGGCUGUUAUUCAAAGGAUGAGAGAUAGACAUCGUUUUCAAGUAAAGAUGGCUGCACUCCGUCAGCAGCAACAACAACAACAACAACAAAGGAUGAGCCAUCAGGGAGGAGAGGGAUACAAUAGAAUGUCUUCCUUUCCGUCUAUGGUUCCACAACAACAUCAAGGAUAUUAUGGAUCCGCUUCUCCCACGUCAGCUACCUCAUCGCCCGUCGUCACCAUGGCGCCUACCCCCCUGAUGUGGCCGACGCCGCUACCUUCCUCAUCGUUACCGGCGCCCGCAAACACGCUAGCACAGAGCAUCUAUCCCAUGUAUUACACAUCAGCACCGUUUCCUUUUGCAUUUUCACCCCAACGCGCAAGUCUUGAUCAGGCCACUGCCCUACGACCCUCACAGCAGCCACCUGCUUCCAUGGCUCUGUCCACUGCAGUGCCAAGGAGCGGCAGCACAACAACCACCUCCUCUGUUUCAUCCCUUUGUCCACACGAUGAGCGCAUAGAAAGAAGAGGUCCACAUCCGAGAGGAAAGAGUGAUUGUUCAAGCAAAGCCAGCCACCCCCCUUCUUCCCCCGCUGACUCCACAACCAUGCUUUCUCCCACAAAAGAUACUACAAGCAGUGAAGACGAAGCAGCAGAAGCAGACGUGGAAAGCGUGAAUGAAGACGAGGGGAUCCACCCUUCCUGCCAUCAUCGAAAAAAGGGCACAAGCAAAACAUUACGUUCCUAUCCAAAAAAGAAGAGCAAAAAAAAGAAAGAAGAACAGGGACAGGGACAGGAACAGCCGCCGCCGCCGCCUUCCUAUGUGGAUGACAAGGGAAGGAUGCUAUCGAUGUCCAUGUGCCCUUCAACAUCCAUGUCUCCUGUCCAAAAGACAAGGCAACCCUUCUCUCAGAACAACAGCAGUAGCAGUAGCAGCCAUGCAACAACAACAACAACAACAACGAGUCGAAGGAAUUCACAAGAACAAUGUACAACAGCAACGAGUUCGCCACUCUCAGAAAAUGUUCUUUUGACACCGCCUCCUCCUCCUGCUCCUUCACAGCAGAUGAUGCCUUGCUCCCCUGCUUUCUACUACUCACCCGCUAUGGUACCUCUUUCUCCGUCUUUGUCUACCUUUUAUCCUAUGACGGUGAUGCCUUUACAUAAUACAAGCAUGUCUAUGGCUCCACAGGCUCGUGGUCAUGCCCUAUGGGGACAACAUCAUCCUCUACCCUAUUACAAAGAACAUUAAAAAAUAUAUCUCGUUUCAUAAAAGUAAAAAAAUCUUUUUUUUUUUUUCUUUUUUACAUAAAAA